UGACAGUGAGGUCAACAUGUCUGAUGAAACAGAUGAUGACGAAGAUCUGGAUGAAGACCAGGAAAUUCAGGACCUGUCCCUGGUGUUGGAAGACACAAUACUGUACUCGGAGUCAGACCACGAUGAAGAAUUUGUUCCACUCCCUGAAAGAUCUGAAAUGAAUGAUAUACCAGGUUUUUCUGUGUGCUGGGACAACGUCCAGAAAAUGUCAGUAGCGCGCCACCAAAGCAGGCAUAGUGGAAAUAAGAUGCUGCUCUGGGCAAACUGCUUUGCAACGCUUGACAGAAUCAGCUUCACAUCCUCUUCUUGUUCCUGGGAAGAAACAGUACCAGCCAGUUCCAUUGAUCUAAAAACAUUCCUACCAAGUGAUGAGGACUGGAAGCAGCUACGCUCCAGGAUGGAGUUGAUUGUUGCAAGGACUCUAGCAAGUAUCCUUGACCUUGACAUCCCAGUGCAGCAGCAUCUUCCUCACAAGUAUUCAACAGAAUCUGCGAAGAAAAGUGAAGUUGUCAACCUUGGUGUUGUGAAAGAAAACCCUGCAACAUGCAAAGGUGUAAUUGAGAUAAUGAAGUACCUUAAUCGAUACACACCGAGGGAUGUUGAAGGAACACCCUGGCCUAUAAUUUGUCACGGGGACCAGCUGUCGGUGGAGCGUAUGAUAGAGUGUAGGAUAGCCAUGUCCUCCUCUGCUCUCCCUGGGGACCGUCUAGAGGGGCUAAUCCCAAGACCACAGAACUUCCAUAAGCGAAUUGUGCUCCUACAGGUGACACUGGAUACCCUUUUUGGAAAAGGGGCGUGUGACAAAGGCACACUUACUCAAAUAAAGAAUGUCUUUGGACAUAGAAAUGUGAAAAAAAAAGCUUCAGACUGUAUGAACCAUUUGACAAACUUUUUGGACUUUGUAACAGAAGGUCACAUACUGUUGUUAGCAGCACAACUUCGAAAAAAUGAGAAUUUUAGCGAACAGCUUACAUGUUUGGAAGACGUUACACAGUUGGCCAAGGAAAUUAUUCAAUUCAUAUGGCCAAACACCAAUGAAUACGUGGCUGCCGUUGAAGAUGACAGGAAGUAUACAUGCAUAUGUGAUGAAGAGGAUGGAGGUGCAGAAUGGAUAGAAUGUUCAAGUACCAUGAGUUGCCCAACGAGAUGGUUCCACAAGGACUGUGUUGACGUGCCGGAUGGUGCAGAAGAUGAUGACUGGUGGUGCUCCCCAGAAUGUCAAGCACGGGGCCUAAGUGCAUAUUGCUGUGGCAAGCAGUUGGAGAGCACAUGGAUACGGUGCUCAUCAGAGGCUGACUGUGUACGUGGCGAGUGGUUUCACACAGUCUGUGUGGGGACAAACGAUACUUCUGGCAUAUGGCAUUGUUCUGAAGUCUGUAGGUCAGGCAAGGAAAUUGAUCACAAACAGGCAUAUGCAAUGAGUGUCCUGUGGCGUGGCCUCAUGCACAUGGCAGAAAGGGACGCGGAGAGGGAAAACGACGGGGAAGCCAUGAUAAGCUUUUGGCGACUGAAUAUGCUGGAGUUUUGGGAACAUGGCCACUACAAAUACCUGACACUGGCCUUUAGACUUUUGGCCUCUGUUAGUGGUUGGAUGCCCAAGCGGAUAUCAGAAAACCUGAUAUGGAACAGUACGGCCAAUUUGCGAGGGGAACCUGGAUGUAAUGUACCUUUGGACCUGCUGAAUGAGUUCCUAAACAAUGAAUUCAAAACCAAUCUGAAACGGGUCAAAGGCCAGUAUACUGAUUCUGCAGUUCAGCGCUGCAGUCUGAUUUCCGGAACAGUUGGUAAAGGUUUAGAAGAAAAAUUCAUGAGCCAGGUGAUGGACAAAUACAUUGGUCGAUCAAAAAGUGCACAUGCAGCGCACACACGAGACUUAAAGAAGUUUGUGAAAUUAUAUAAAGGUGAACGCCUUUUCCAAUGCCUGCCUGGAAGACAUCACAGUUCUUAUGAACAUUUUGUUCACAGUAUUCCACUGAGAACACCUUCAAAACUAAAGGACAGAUUGAUGAAAUAUUGUGUUAAACUUGACACAGAAAGGUUGCUGUGCAAAUGAAUCAGAAUAUUUGAUCAUAAUACACUAUAGUAGUACUGAAGUUGUUGAAUAAGUGACUUACAUGCACCAACUAUUUCUAACUUGCAACUUUGAAAGUAUUUGCUUCAUAUUUAUGGAAAAUUAAUAACCAAUAGCUGCUUAUAAAAUAAACAAUUUUGUCUAUUUUUAAAUUUUUCAGUAGGACAUUGCACCAUGACAAUUAACUUGCAUACUUACAUGAUUUUUUAGCAUGGAUUUGCUGAUGGUGGCACUGCUCACUUUUCUUGAUACGAGUUUUAACAGUAAACUUCACAAAGUCUGAGAAAAUCUUGUACAAUGCACAGGCUUCAUGUAAAUGUCAGCAUAUAUAAAUGGCAGCAAAAUGUCCAUAUCACAUUUUGUAUUUGAGUACUUGAUGAUGGCCAGGAUUUAUUGCAAAAAUGGUAUUAGAAUAUGCAGCCACAUUUAGGUUGUGUUUUCUAAUCCUCACUAGCUACCGAGUGAGUAUUGUUAAAACUUUCACAGUUGAAUGGCCUAAAUGUGAAGAUGACCAUAUAAAACAUAUGAGAUUAGUUCCUUGCUUGACAGCAAAUAUACAAAAGCAAAACUCUCAGCAGUAUAGCACUCCCAUUGAAUGGUAAAAAAUGUCCAUAAAUGAGCUGUUCUGGGCCAUUACUAUGUCAUUCAUUGUUAGAUUUUAAAAUCAUUUGGCACAUUUGUUCACCAUCAUUGGCAGGAGGUCUCAAUGCGAAAGAAUUACGUCGAUAUCUUCAAGGUCAAGUUCACACUUUGAGUUCAAAGGUUAAAAAUGGCCAUAAAUGAGAUUGUCCCGGCCAUAACUAUGUUGUUCAUUGUUAGAUUUUAAAAUCAUUUGGCACAUUUGUUCACCAUUAUUGGCAGGAGGUCUCAAUGCGAAAGAAUUACGUUGAUAUCUCCAAAGUCAAGUUCACACUUUGAGUUCAAAGGUUAAAAAUGGCCAUACAUGAGAUUUUCCUGGCCAUAACUAUGUUGUUUAAAAUCAUUUGGCACAUUUGUUCACCAUUAUUGGCAAGAGGUCUCAAUGCGAAAGAAUUACGUUGAUAUCUCCAAAGUCAAGUUCACACUUUGUGAGUUCAGAGGUUUAAAAUGGCCAUAAAUGAGAUUGUCCCGGCCAUAACUAUGUUGUUCAUGGUUAGAUUUUAAAAUCAUUUGGCACAUUUGUUCACCAUUAUUGGCAGGAGGUCUCGAUGCGAAAGAAUUACGUUGAUAUCUCCAAAGUCAAGUUCACACUUUGAGUUCAAAGGUUAAAAAUGGCCAUAAAUGAGAUUGUCCCGGCCAUAACUAUGUUGUUCAUUGUUAGAUUUUAAAAUCAUUUGGCACAUUUGUUCACCAUCAUUGGACAGUGUGUCAUGCAAAAGAAUCACGUCAAUAUCUGCAAUGUCAAGGUUACACUUUUGUCCACCAUGCUUUCAUUGACUGAUGGAUUUAUGCGUGUCCAAGUGUUAAAUUAAACAUUAACAUGAACAUGAACAUUUCUUAUGGCAGUUAGAGCAGCACAGGCACAUAUUACAUUCACAUGCAACGCAUUUGCUGUUAUUGCCACACACUUUUGUUGGUGCCUUGAAUGUCGGAGUCACCGACAACAAAUCCAUAAUGUAUUGCCGGUAGCAUUCCUCACUCUUGACAAGUGUCUUCAUUUCCUCUGAACAGUUCAGCAGGGAUACUUUGGUAGCAUACAUUUUGGCCUGUGCUGCCUUUCCAUCACGACCGGCCCUUCCGACCUCCUGCCAAUAAUCCUCUAAUGUUUUUGGUGCCCCCCAGUGUAUAAUAAAUCUUAUAUCUGGAAUGUUUAUGCCAAUUCCAAAUGCAAUUGUAGAUAUAAGAAAUCUUGUGCAAGAAUCUGGUUGGGUGAACUCUUCCAAGAUGGACUUAAGGUCACUGUUACACAUUCCAGAAUGGUACAGUUUAAACACCUUGGCGCCAUCAGCUGCAUCCUUAAGGUGUGCCGUAAUGUCCAAGGCAAGUCUUGCCAUCUGAGUGAUUCCACUGGAAGUAAAUUUCACUUAUAAUAAUAAAAAAAAACAUUUUAUGGGUCCUGUGUUAUAUAAACAUGUAGUUCAUGCUUCAUUAAUUUGUUAUACUCAAGAUAGUAUAUUAUUCAAUUCAUUAAUACACUCUUAUAUUCUUAUAAAUUAUAGGAAUAUAAGAGUGUAUUAAUGAAUUGAAAAUAUAUAAGUUAUACUGUCCAUUAAAUACUGAAUUUAUUCAUUUUUAUGUUAUACCCUUGAUUAUUCCUUAGAAAUUCAUGUUCUUUGUAGCUUUAUUUUACAUUAUGAGCAGGUAUUUCACAAAAUAUUUGCUAUGGUACGGAAGGAAAUAUUUGUGUAUCACAUGUUACUCACAAUACUGGGGUACAAAAGGAAGUUUUAAUUGUUAUUGUUUUAUCUCAUUAUUUUCUAACUUGUUGUACAUACGUUACAUAGAUAACAGCUUUCUCAGCCAUCUUGCCCCUUUCAAUAAUCUGGUCUAAAUACCAGGUCAUGGCUGUGAAAUCCAUCCCAGAUUCACACUUUAUCUCCAAAUGUAUGUUAGGUCUGGAAAAAAAUACUUUGAACUUUAUAUCUAUCUAGUGCAUGUAUAUAUAUUGUCUUCUAUGAACCAAAAUGUGGAGUAUUUGUCUCAAAUAUGCAAUAAAGUUAUACACUGUAAA